AUGGAGCUUAACAAUAAAUGUCAACACUAUCCAAGUAUAUUUAAAUUUUAUUAAAAAGAUUUGACGAUACCUGCUGCUGAUUAUUUUUAUUUAUAAGAGAGGAUUAAUAUGAAAGUUGUUUAAGAUUACAACAAUACUGAUCAAUAACCUAUUUAUUUUAAUUAUGAGGGGAAAAAAGAUAUAUAUUAGGGCUGUUUAAAUUUAAUCAAGGAACAGAAUGGUUAAUAAACGAGAUAGAAGAAGAACCUUUUGAUUGGUAUUAUAUCAAAAGGAGAUAGUAUUUCAUUAAAAAUUAACAACACUUAUAAAGGUUGUAUAUAUAAUGAUGGCUUUAAACUAAAAUGUCAUAAGUUGAAACUAAUUUAAAUGGAUAUUAUAUCUAGUUAUUAAUAAUAUACGAAAUCUCAGGCAUGUCAUUUAUUGAUGUUUGUAGAUAUUCCUUAAUAUCGAUUCACUUUAAGUCUUGUAGGAAAUUAUGGGUAAGAUAUAAUCAUAACAAAUUUAGUGAUUCUUUUUAUUCUUGGGCUUAUGAACAAAUGGAAAUCAGCUCAGGCUAUUGCCCAUGAUUUUGUGAAUUAUGUGAAUUAUAGCAAUAGUAUAUUCAUUUAUCAUACCGUUUCAAUGUACAACUUGUAAAUCAUCCUAUUAUAAAUACAGAGAUAGUCAAUGCUCACUUUGCUUAGAUCCAUAUUAAAAAUUAAACGAUUCUUAUUGUUAAGAUUUUGAUGAUGAAACACCAUGUAUUCUUUUUAAUAUCUUUAGAUUCUAAAUAAUUAGUAUAAGAAUAUAAUGAUUUAUCAAACGACCCUAGAUAAUUUUCAAAAUAUUCUAUUGUGUCUUAGAAUGGAAUAAACAUUAUGAAAGGAUUAAAUAAAGUUUAAUUUAAAUAAAAUACUUAUAUCUUAUAUUCCAUAUUUGGCAAAUAUAGAACUUUUGGUGGUCAAAUUGUUUUUGGGCUUAAGCCAAAUUUUAUAGAGUUAAUUAAAUUUCUGAACUUCACCUUAGCAUAACUAUUGGAUUCUUUAUAGUUUUUGGACCGUCUUUUCCUUAAAACAGUCAAUUCAUUUAUAAUAUUGGAUCAAAUAAUCCUAUAUUAUAUAUAUAGAUUUUUCUUUAAUAACUAAAAUAUACGAAACAAUCUAACAUUCUGA